AUGGAUGCAGUAAAAGGAAGAGCAGCUACUAUCAACGGCAAUGAUAGGCAGUUGUACAACGCACUCCAAGGAAACUUGGAGGGAAAACAAGCCCAACGUUGGUGGAAGAACUUAUUGGGAUUUCAGAAUUUGUUUUUAUACAGAUAUGGUGUUGUUUUCAACUUCCUAGGCAUGCUUGGAACUGCCAUUAUUAAAGGUCCUGAAAGCUUUGAUAUUUUACAAGGACAUUCAAAAGCUACCAUGCUUUUAAUUGUGAACAAUACAACUCAAGGAAUGGACCUUAAUAAUGGGAUUGCCUUAUGGUUGGUAGCUGGUGGUGAUGGUUGGGGUGGUCUAAAUAAGGAGAUGAAGUUAGAUAUGCAUAGAAUAUGGAACAAAAACCUAGGUAAAUAUGAUAUAUGCAUCGCUGAUAAUGGCAAAGAGGCUAGGUUUUCUUUUCUGGUUGAAAAUGUAAUAAGGAUACUGCUUGAUAUUCCACUAUGGAAGAUUGCAGACCUUGGCCAACCAAGUGGAGUUGGUGAUAAGAAGAUCUUGAGAGAGGUAUAA